GCAUGCAUUGCGACGUUUUGAAGUUGUCGCACUCGACCGGAUUCGGGAGUCACACAAAUGCUAUAAGGACUACUUUAUGAUAGCGCUAAGUUCUUUGUUAAAAUGUAUCAGUUCCCGUACACUUUGACGAUUUAUAGUGAAAUACUGGUUGGCUCAACUGUCGAGGGUUGUGUUUGGCGUAGCCUACUGCUUAAUUAGCAUAAUAAUAACGUUACAGUUUUGCCUUCGAGUAGCCUAUUUAGCUACCUAACGUUAUAUUUGUCAAGCUGACCAGUAACUUACAGUUAGGUAGCUAGCUAACAAACUACCCUCUGGUGAGAGGGUUCAAAAGACAUUCAGAAUGGAAGACGAGGAGCAAUUUACAGAUAUCAAUGGUAAAGUGAUUUUCUUAGCAUGUCAGAAUCACUCCAGUUUCUGCAGAGAGUUCACCGUCAGUGCGCCCAAGGUGUCCCUUCGUCAUAUAAUGGUGUACACUUGCUCGGUCUGGAUGGUUGCCUACGUUCUAUUUUUUUUCACAGAGAAUACCGCUGUCCUGUCGGGUGCCAUAUUCGUCACGUUGCUGGGAAUGCUACUGCACAUCCACUUCGUCAAAAUCGACCACGAGACGCUGCUAAUUAUUGGGUCUUUGGGGGUCCAGGUGUCAUCAUCUUACGCCUCGGGGAGAGAAAGCACCACCUUCAUUGAAAUGAGCAAGAUCAAAGACAUUGUUAUUAAUGAGUCCAUUUAUAUGCAACGAGUGAUUUACUACCUAUGCAUUUUACUGAAAGAACCCACAGAUCCAGACACGCUGUCCAGUGUGGUCCCUCUUUUUCAGAGUUCGAAGCCAAGGUUGAAUUGCUUGGUCAAAGUAUACAAGAGUUGUCAGGAAAUUCUUGCCCAAAGCUAACACACUAGAGGUUUCUCCGUUCACCGAUAAACUCAGAGCAAUGAGAUGUGGAAAUGUACCACCACAGUAUGGAAGGAAGAAUAUCACAAGGAUUGUAACUUAAGCCAUGUAGCAAAACUCCUCUUAAGGUUAGACUCAGGAGGAAAGUGACAACGUAAUUUUUUUUUGUAAGCCGUGGAAACAAGAAAUAAAUAGACCACUUGUAUUCAUUAAUGACAUGAUAAAUGAUGUAGCUAAAAGUGUUAAUUUUCUAAAUGAAAUUUUGACAUGUUUUAUCCAUGUGAGAAAUAAAUUAGAUAGUGACUUCAUUAAUUGAAGUGAGAUGUAGUUUGUAAGUGUUAAGUUUCCACAUUUACAUUCAAUGCUAUGCUAUUGUUUUACUGAAAUUAUUUUUGGCAGCCAUCCUUAUUUAUGGAACUCAGUGGCUGAGUAUGUCUGGUGUUCCUUGCCAAGUUUGAAAAGAUUUACAUUUUUUGUUCCAUUUGUAUGUAAUUUUGUCAUUAUUUUCAGUUUUCAUUAUUUUGUCUUUUUCAAAUUUAUAAAAACUGAAACAUUUAUAGUUUUGCCUAAUCUUUGUUAUUUUACACCAGCUUCAGUAUUCCCUGAAGUGGGAUACUCUUUCACCAACAGAGGGCAGUACAUGUCAGUGUUAAUCAGUUUAGGUGCAAGGCUGUCUAAAACACUUAUGUUCCCAAACAAUAACAUUUAAAUACACUACAACUUGUCAAACAAAAAGAAGCUGUUUUACUCGGAAAACCAGUUUAGACUAACAGAAAGAAAAACAUGAUGCCCUAACAAGGUUUCAGUCCAAAUGAUAGGGCCUCAAAAUCAGUCCCUUUGUGCAACUAA